AUGGCUGUUAACAAUAUUUUUUUAAAAUCUCCACCAAAACAAAUGAGUGAUUCGUGGAUUCUGAUUGAUGAAGAAUCAGAAUUUGUCGUUAUUGAAAAUGAACAUGAUAAAAAGCAACAACAACAAGAAUCAUCUUCAAAAUCAUCACCACAAUCAAAACGACCAUUAGAAUCAAAUAAUAAAUCAUCAAAUAUAAUUCAACCUUUAUCAGGUGUUACAAAUAAUAAACAACAUAAUAAAAAACGUAAAUGGAAGGUGCUUUAUUCAUUACCAUCAACUGGAACUGAAGGAAAUGUUAAUGCAGCUAAUCUUGAUUCUUAUGUUAUAGAUCAACAUGAACAAUUAUUUGAUAAACGUGAUUUGCAUAGUUCACAACAACGUAUUAUUAAAGUCAAGUGA